CCCUCCCCGUCACGCCCGACGCGGGGGGGCGGCCCCAAGUGACGCGCGCGCCCCGCGCCCCGCGCCCCGCGUCCCGCUCCCCGCCGUGCCCUUCAGCGCCGCAGUCGCUGCCGCCACAUGGACCCGGCCGGCCCGAGCACGCCGCGCUGACGCCCGGAGGAGGAGAACUCGCGGCCACACUCGCAUGUGAAUUCUGACCCUCGCUGAGGCGCUGAGACCUUCGUCAUGGAGUUCGUGAUGAAGCAGGCCCUGGGAGGGGCCACCAAGGACAUGGGGAAGAUGCUUGGGGGUGACGAGGAGAAGGACCCCGAUGCUGCCAAGAAGGAGGAGGAGCGGCAGGAGGCGCUGAGGCAGGAGGAGGAGGAACGCAAGGCCAAGUACGCCAAGAUGGAGGCCGAGCGAGAGGCCAUGCGCCAGGGCAUCCGCGACAAGUAUGGCAUCAAGAAGAAGGAGGAGCGCGAGGCCGAGGCUCAGGCGGCUAUGGAGGCCAGCUCCGAGGGCAGCCUGACAAGGCCCAAGAAGGCCAUCCCGCCGGGGUGCGGGGAUGAGCCGGAGGAGGAGGACGAGAGCAUCCUGGACACGGUCAUCAAGUACCUGCCCGGGCCGCUGCAGGACAUGUUCAAGAAGUAAGGCCCCGCCGCGCCGCGCGCCCGAGCCCGGAGCCCUCCGCCCCUGUACAGACCCGGCGGAGGAGCCGUGGGCGGCCGCGCGCCGCGCGCAGCCCCGACGCGAAACAAGCCAUAGUCCUAGGCCGCCCCUCCCGCGCCCCCCCCGCACUGCCGUCGCCGCGCCGCGCCCACACUCAGGAGCACAGCCAUAGCGAGGCCGGGGGCCUGGGGCCGAGCGGCCGCCGCCGGCCCUCGCGCCCCCGCCCUCCGCUCGUGUCCUCCGAGGGCCACCAAGCAAUAGGCUCCGAGUCCCGCAGCCCACGUGCGCUGAGCGCCGCGGGCCCGGCCCAGCUCUCCCGGCGGGAGGCCCGCGGCGGGCGGACCGGCCCACUCGCGCCCCGGCCCUUCGUCCGCCCCGUCCUCGUGCCAUCCGCUUCACAACAUGUCGAAUCUCAGGUAAAUGAGUUCCCCCGUGUUCGCCGAGUUUAUCGUGACAGCGGAGCCGCUGCCUCGGGGCCGGCCCGGCCUGACCUCGUACGAAACGCACCCCGCGUCCACGUGCUGCGGGCCAGGGCGCGGCCCCGCGGCGCCCUGCACGCCCUCCCGCAGCUCUUAGAGAAGCCAUAGUGAGGCUGCAGUCCCGCCCGCGGCGCCGGCCCCUGCCCUCGGCCGCAGCAUGCCCCGCUCGCUCUGCGCCCCCACGUCCGCGUCUUCCACAAACGCCCCUUCCACACGCUAAGCCCGCUCCGAGCGGACGGGGCGCUCUCCCGGAAGCCCCGCUCCCCGUCCCCGCGCGGGGCGCCGGCCGCCAGCUUAGCGUGGACCGUGGAUGUCGUGUCCGUCCGCCCCGCCGCGCCUCCCCCUGCAUGUCGGGGCCCUCGCGUGUGUCCUCCCCGAUGGGAUCACAGCCAAUAAACUCCGCAGCGAUUUCGCA